GGGGGCUCCCCUAGACCCACUCGCUCUUGGCAACCGCGCCCGGGAAUCCCGGCCCCCGCGGCCAGGGGCUGUCGGGGGUUCGCGGGGCCUCCUGCCGCUCACUACCCCAUUAGAGCUUGGGGACCCUGCCUCCCUUCUCUUCCCAGCUGGGGCUAGGGCUUCGGAUCCCUCGGAGUGCGGGAGUUUGGGGGGUCAGCGCAAGGGGGGCGCAGAGGGUGAGUCGCCCCCCCAGGUGGACCCACGGGCUGGGCGCCCCCCAUCUCGGAAUUAGGAGUCCCCCUCCCCCUUCUCCCCGGAGUCCUCCUCCCACGAGCAUCGUGGGGGCUUCCCGACCCUGCGGGAGGACUCCCCGGGCUGGGCGAGGCAAAGCCCCCAAACAGAGGCCAGGGUGUGGCCCCCACCCUUAGCCCACAGACUCAGCCCUCCUGCACGGCCCGCACGGCCCCCCUCGGGGCUGAGUCCAGGCUCCCGGCCCAGCGCUCUGGGCGGCCGCCUCCCCGGCCUGAGCAAGUCGCUCUCCAGCAGGCCUGCUCCGCGGUGCGGUGCCGAGCCAGGUGCCCAUUCCAGCCCAGGGGGAUCCUCGAGGGAGACCCCGUCAGGCUCAGCCCUGGGCUGCUCCCUGUAAACAAGGUUCCCCAGCAGGCUCUGGGCCGCCCUGCAAGGCACUUUGCCUCUGUGAACCUCAGUCUCCUUAUCUGUGAGAUGGUGAAUAAGAGCCGUUACCGUGCCGCGUUGCCAGGAGGAUUCAGUGAGUGGGUGAUGCUUAGCACGGCUCCCUGCACACGAUCCUUGAUGUUAGAGGGAAAUCGCUGGCCUAGGGGGUCAGAGGUUUCCCUGGCAAACUCUUGGUGAGGCUGGCCUUGAACAAUGAAUAACCACAAGACUAACAGCGGCGGGCACCGACCGAGCACUUUCGAGCCCCGUGCUUCCCUUGCCACAUCUGCUUGAAUCCUUGCAACAACCCCGUGAGUUACCUCCUCUUAUUAUUCCCGUUUCACAGAUGAGGAAACUGAGGCUCAGAGAGGUCACAUGGCUUGCCCGAGGCCCCUCAGCCAGUAAGUGCUGGAACCGGGAUGCGCACUGGCACCUGAGAUGCUGUACUGACCAUGGCCUUCUCAGAGCAGGAUUGUGACGGGGCUGACCAGGGGGACGGUGGUCCUGGCUGAGGGCACUGCUCAGGCAAAGGUGUGACCCGACAUCCCUGCCCCCUGGGCUACCUGGAGGACGCUGGCCCCUGCCCCUCAGCAGACGCCGAAGAGAGAUGAGUAGCAGCAGACUCCAACAGUGCCAGUGAGGUCUUCCAUUACGGCUCCCUGCGGGGCCGCGCCCGCCGGCCCGUCAACUUCAAGAAGUGGAGUAUGACCGAAGGCUACGUCCCCCUUCUCGGCAACAAGACGCUGCCCUCCCGGUGCCGCCAGUGCGUGAUUGUCACCAGCUCUAGCCACCUGCUGGGCACCAAGCUGGGCCCCGAGAUCGAGCGGGCCGAGUGCACAAUCCGCAUGAACGAUGCGCCCACCACGGGCUACUCAGCUGACGUGGGCAACAAGACCACCUUCCGCGUGGUGGCCCAUUCCAGCGUAUUCCGUGUGCUGCGGAGGCCCCAGGAGUUCGUCAACCGGACCCCCGAAACCGUGUUCAUCUUCUGGGGCCCCCCGAACAGGAUGCAGAAGCCCCAGGGCAGCCUCGUGCACGUCAUUCAGCGGGCAGGCCUGGCGUUCCCCAACAUGGAGGCCUAUGCCGUCUCUCCCAGCCGCAUGCGCCAAUUUGACGACCUCUUCCGGGGUGAGACGGGCAAGGACAGGGAAAAGUCCCAUUCGUGGUUGAGCACAGGCUGGUUCACCAUAGUGAUUGCGGUGGAGUUGUGUGACCACGUGCACGUCUAUGGCAUGGUCCCCCCCGACUACUGCAGCGGCCCCGCCUGCAGCACAUGCCCUACCACUACUACGAGCCCAAGGGCCCGGACGAGUGCGUCACCUACAUCCAGAAUGAGCACAGCCGCAAGGGCAACCACCACCGCUUCAUCACCGAGAAGAGGGUCUUCUCGUCGUGGGCCCAGCUGUACGGAAUCACCUUCUCCCACCCGUCCUGGACCUAGGCCGCCUGCUGGGGGGAGGGGUCCCUCACAGGGGACACGGGAGGAGGGUUUCUCCGCCCAGCCACUUGGCUGAUGGCCAGCUCCUGGCCAAUCAAGGCUGGCCGCAGUAUCUCCUGGCCAAUCAGGGUUGGCCAGUGUGUCUUCUGGCCAAUCAGGACCUUGAAGAGGGUGUAUCCUCCAGCCAAUCAGGGCCUGGGGGUAUUUCUUGGCCAAUCAGGGAUUUGGGCUUCUGUGUGGUUAAUCAGGGGUGUCAGGGGUAUUUCUUGUCCAUUCAGGGUCUGAGCAGUCAAUCAGGGUAUUUCUGAGUAAUCUGAGGCUAAGGCCAUGUCCUUUCCCAUGAGGCCUUGGUUCAGAGCCCCGAUGGACCUCAAAUCACUUCCUAUUGGCUGGGACACUGGGGUCCUGUCCCAAGGAUCUGGGGGGAGCUGUGCGUUGCCCCCUUGCUUCCCAGAGCCAGAAAGAGAGGUUGCGUGGGGGUGAGAGCUGCCUGGAGGCCGGCCUGGGGCAUUUGUGGGGUUGUGGGGGAUCCCGGAGGCGGGAGGCUGCGGCUGGGUCUUGGCUCUGCCCUUACUGGCCUUAGACAAACUCCUUGCACGCUCUCUCGGCACACUUCUGCCUGUGUCAGGUUCUAACGUGGAGUCUGCGACCCCCUGCCACCUCCCCCACCCAUGGCUUGGGUCUGUCCGCCCUAAGGCUGGACCCCUCCAACCACCACCGCUUGCUGGGGGGCUCAGCUCCCUGGGGCUCCGGGGUUCCUUUCCCUACCUUCUCCUGGAAAGUAAACAGUAUUUUUGCGCAAACUCCCCCAGGGUUUGGGGGAUGCUGGUAGGAAAGGGACAAACCUUCAGCUGUUCUCUCAGCCCCUCCACCCAAGCUGCCAUAAGCUUGGCUCUUAAAGAGCCAGGCCCCCUUUUCUGCCAUCUGACAGGCUUUCCACCUGUUGGAGGAGCCUGUGGGGCUGAGAAAGGGGGAUCCCAGCCAAACUGGGGUUGCAUGCAGCCCCUUUGACUGCAGCUGCUGGAGUCGUCCAAGGGUCUCCCCCCAGCUGGGACUGGGAAGGCUCUAGGGGGCUGGGAGGUGUCUUGCCUGGGUUCUGUCCCCUCACUCUACACCAGGCACUUUAUUGCUUGGCCUCAGUGGGGUGGGUUUGCUCCCUGCUCUUUCAGAGUCUGGAAGGGAAGGCUGAACGGCUUCCUGGAGGAGGCUGUGGAGUGGGAGGGGUCAGGUGGAGGAGGAGGAGGCCAGCAGCGAGCCAUUGCACAUUGGGAUGGAGGGGUCGGGGGCUGGCAACUACCCCAUACUUGGUUUUGUAAUGAUUUGUACAGGAAUAAAUGCACCUAAACUCCU